UAUAUAUAUAUAUAUAUGUGUGUCAGUAUAUAAUCUCCUUUUAUAUGAUUAUAAACUCAUUUGUCCCAUGUCUUCUUCUUCUUCAAUGGACUUACUCAUGUGUCUGCUUCUUCUAAUCUCUCCGGUUGUUCUGGCCAAGUCUUCUUCCACCGUCCCUGCUAUCUUUACCUUCGGUGACUCUAUUUUUGACGCCGGAAACAACCAUUACAACAAAAACUGUACCGCUCAGGCUGAUUUUCCUCCUUAUGGUUCUUCCUUUUUCCACCGUCCUACUGGGAGGUUCACCAACGGAAGAACCGUCGCUGACUUCAUCUCGGAAUUUGUAGGCCUUCCAUUACAGAAACCAUUCUUGGAAUUGCAGAUUCAAAUCUUGAAUGGAACUUCAAACUUUUCAAAUGGCAUUAACUUUGCUAGUGCUGGUAGUGGUCUCUUGCUUGAUACCAACAAAUUUAUGGGCGUGACACCGAUCCAAACCCAGCUACAGCAAUUCCAGACACUUGUAGAGCAAAACCUUAUCGAAAAAUCUAUAAUCCAAGAGUCUCUCUUCUUAUUAGAAACUGGUUCUAACGACAUCUUCAACUACUUCCUCCCAUUCCGAGCUCCUACACUUUCUCCAGACGCUUAUGUGAACGCAAUGUUAGACCAAGUGAACAAAACGAUUGAUCAGAUCUACAAACUAGGCGCACGCCGCAUCGCUUUCUUCUCCUUAGGUCCUGUAGGUUGUGUCCCUGCAAGAGCCAUGCUUCCUAAUGCCCCAACCAAUAAAUGCUUUGGUAAGAUGAAUGUUAUGGCCAAGAUGUAUAAUAAAAGACUUGAAGAUAUAGUGAACAUAAUCCCCACUAAGUACCCUGGAGCCAUUGCGGUGUUUGGAGCUGUAUAUGGUAUCACUCACAGAUUUCAAACCUACCCUGCCCGUUACGGGUUUUCGGAUGUUUCAAACGCGUGUUGUGGGAACGGUACACUGGGAGGAUUGAUGCAGUGUGGAAGAGAAGGAUACAAGAUUUGCAAUAACCCAAAUGAGUUUCUGUUUUGGGAUUUUUAUCAUCCCACAGAACACACUUACCGUCUCAUGUCAAAAGCUUUAUGGAAUGGAAACAAAAACCAUAUCAGACCAUUUAAUCUCAUGGCUCUUGCCACCAACAAGAUCACAUUUUAA